UUUUAUUUCGAGUUCGUUUCGUAAAGUUGUUAAAAGAUAAACCAGUUGAACACGACGACAGGAAAUACCUUGAGAAAUAUGCAGACACUUUACUAACUAUGAUAUUACCGACUUUCCGGGCGAUUUCUAAGAAUUCGAAACCGGUUUGCAAUUGCGUGAACGAAUACACGAACUUAUUAUCCGCUUCUAUAUUGAAAGAAUCGGUUCAUACGGCGACGGAAACAUUAAAAUUCGAAGCUGUGGUCACAAACUAUGCGGAAAACAUUAGUAAUGAAAUUGUAAGCCAAUCAACAAACUUGGCGACCAAAGAAAUAUCAAGAAGAAGGGAAUUUGAACAACUUUCCGCAUUAAUUGUAGAUGAAGUAAUGACAGUUGUUCCGAUACUUGAUUCUGGGGUGUUACAAUAUGCAGAGUCAUUGUCUAAUAUGCUGGUUGAUUCAGCAUGUGAGGAAAUUGUUAAACGUGGAAAGGAUUUGAACGAUUACUCCGAAAGACUCGCAGAUUCAAUUUUGAAUUCUUCGUGGAGAGAUCUUUCCCAUCCAAGGAAGAAACCAAGGAAAACCCACAAACCCACAAGCUUAGCCAUAGCUGAACAAUACGCCAAUCAAUUUGUGAAAACAUUUUCGUGGGAUUUUGAAUCUUCCAUGAGCAAAAGUUAUUCUGCCUUGAAUUCGUCGACAUCAAGUGUCUUGUCUGUGAACAGUGAAGCGCUCACCCCGUGCUCGGUGGUGGGUGAGGGUUGGAAGAAGGGGUUGCACCACUUCGCCGAUCAACUGCUUUAUUCAUUGUCUAACUUAGAGGAGAAUGAGUUUGGUUGUGGAAGGUUUCAUGAACCAGUUGAGCGAAGUCGGACUUUUCGUUCCGGUUCGUGCCCCCAUAUUCUUCGGAUCCCGACGACGGUGCAUGAGGUACGCUACAAUCGACGACAGUCAGAAACGCUGUGUCGCUAUUCGAGGAACAUUGAUGGUUUUGCUGACUCAUUGUCAAACGCUAUCGUUCAAUCAACCUUAUUAAGGUUUUAAUUCCUUGUUGAACGGUAGGCACCAAACCUGGGGUUGCACGGUGGGCAAAACAACCCUAGAAUUUUCUACACUGCGUUAAUCAGUAAACAUUACAACCAAUAAGUUAGAUUUGUUUCACAGGAUUGUGUGUCUAACUAUCCCUGCCUCCCCUGUGUUUAUAAGUUUGACGCCCAUGUUAAAUCACAAUAUAAUUGUUAAGGUUGAUUGUUUCCUAUUAAUUUUGAAUCCAUAAACUAUUAUAUAACGUUACUUAUAAUGUGGUUACGACGCCAAACUUGCAUGUGAAAGUGAAAACACAAUUUACAUAUCAGUUGAAAUAACGUCAGUUCAUUUAUUUUUUACAUCAAGUUACUAAACAAAGUGAAAUAACUUUAUUUACAUAAAUAUAUUUUCCAUAUUUUCACCAACAAAUAUUUUCAAUUUCACCAGAAUUGUAAUUCCUAACAUUGUUUUGCACCAGUGUGAUGUCAUAAUGCAUUAUUAUUAUGGUAUAAUAGAAAUGUUGCUCCAUAUUUUAAACCAGUGGUUUCCAAACAUUAGUAAGCAGAAAUAUUUUGCUAAAAAUUUUACUUUCUUUAAAAUUAUUUUUAAUAUUUCAAUAUAGGGUAUAACAGUGGUUCAAAACAAUUGGUAUUAAUACGAAAUCAAAAUUAUUGCAAUAAAUGUAAGUUGGAAUAUCCAACACAAUUAAAUCUUUAUCAAAAGAUUCCAAAUAUUUCCGUUUACAACAAUCUUAUAUUGUCAUUAAUAUUUAUUAUUUUUUUACUUUAAAUGUGAAAAAGUUAAUAUAAUAGGUCGAGCAAGAUGUUUCAUUCUCUUUUAUCAUUUGGGGGUAAACAAUGAUAUUUUAAAAUUUUGACCUCGAUGCAAAAAGAUGGUAACCACUGGUUUAAACAUGGAUUAAUAAUUAUGACAUCAUAAUGAAAUUUAUGCUUUUAUUAUGUUUAAACAAUGAGAUCAACAAGUUGUAUUAUUUGUAAUAACUUAACCGUUUAUAAAUUUUGUUUAUUUUAAAAACUUUUUUUUUAAUCAAAUAAUUCUAAUUUUUUACAACCAGCGAUUUCUAAGAUUAUAAGCUUUACCAGGGUUGGCAAACCACAUUAAACCAGCCAUUCUGGAUCAUCAUAUUUCAAUAGGUAAUAUAAAUUAUCCCUUUGACCAAGUGGUUUCUAAACUUUCAGCUAUUAAACAAUUUUCAUUCGGAUACAGAACAAUUUAAAGUAAUUUUACUUUCUACAUGGCCAUAUAUGUGGCGAUGGUUUAGUUUGCCCAUUGCUAGUACACAGAAAUAUUUUAGUGUUUGUUAAUAUUAUAUUUCUGGUGAUAAAUUGCCAGAAGAUCUUUAUCGUUAUGUUUGGUGGCAACAGCAAUAUACUAAUGUUACUGGCAUGAUGCAUUACUCGCUAAAAUAUAAAAUAAUCGGUCGCUAGUUUCACUGUUUAAUAAGGUUGAUGAUUUGUACGUACUAUGUUCUGUUUAAAGUUACUUAAAUUUUUAUAAAAUAUUUUUUGCUGAUCGUUUCGCGUACUUUUCCUUGUGUUUAUAAAUUUCAUUUUCGCUGGUUUUUAUAAAAGGUACAAACUGAGUUUAACUAAGUUUGACGUUUUAACUUAAUUUUCACACGGUUGGUUGGUUGACUAUUUGCCUGUAGUUAUGGCUGACAAUUUUCACUUUAAUAAACUUUGUAAUUUAAA